CGGGAACCUACAGUAGAGUGGAUCUCUCCAUUCUUCCGUGUGACGCCCCUGAUUGAUAUUUCCACCUACGUCUAAAAACGGACGGGGAACAAAGCAAGCACCGUCCUUAUAAAGGGCAAACGAUCCAUCUUCUCCACAAAUCAACCCCCUUCCGACCUACUCAGCGCUAUGGACUCCGAUCACUCAUAUAUUCCUUCCGAAGUCCCCAGCGAGAGUAGGUCGCCCUGUCCAGCUUUGAACACGCUGGCAAAUCACGGAUAUCUACCUCGUUCCGGGAAGGGCAUCGAACUGAAGACCUUGUUGGUCGCUCUAAUCACGGUGUACAAUGUCUCUUACCCAUUGGCCCUACUUCUCGCUGGGACCGCACUUUUGAGAUAUGGGAAGCUCGACACGAGUUCGAGUCUCCUUCCGUGGAACUGGAGAUUAACGAUCGACCUCGCUUCAUUGUCGAGUUUCGGCUCCUUGAGGAUUGCACAUCCUGCGUCGCUUGUGCACCCCAACGAACCCUCUCAUUCCCCCGAUCCCAACCUUCUUGAAAAUGCAGUUUCCCAUGCUCACAAGGACUCAAGCGGAUCGGAAUUAGGCUUGACUCUUCGCGAUCUGGCCGCUAUCCGCCUCGAACGAGAGGCCAAAUUAAGUCAACCUUUGGAUAGUCUUCAUGAACGGAUAGCAUUGGGGGAGAGUGCCUUGUGUUACCUUGCCCUUCGAAACCAUUUUGGAUCGACCGACACGAUCCCAAUAUCCCGAUUUGCUAUAUUUUUCGGGGAUGAACGACUUCCGGACAAUUGGUGGCAGGAAGUUCGACCUACGACAACCGUAGGCUUAAUAGAAACGAGGCGCAUAGCUAACGACAUUAAGAAUAUCAUGGCAGCGUUGGGCGAGUCGAGGUCAGAUUCAUGAACUGUGUUUGCUUUUACGCUCUUUUGUACGCUGGAUCCAUAGACAUUGGGCUGCCAUACGAACCCUUUAGCUACUAGUAACACUUAUUGGACCAUUUUUCGAAUAGUGUGCUACACAUACACCAAGGUUCAUUCAUUUCAACUGACCCUCGAGUAUUUGAAGUACGUAGGACAACGCCUUGAAAGAGAACUACAAUGUAACAACAAAUGAUAAUCAACGUAAACGUCAGA